CCUCGUGAGGCAGGGGAGCCCGGCGGGGUCGUCGUGCUGAAGCAGCAGAUUGCUGCUCUGGAGGAGCAGCUGAGCAAGAAGAAAGAAGAGCUCGAGCAGAUCAGGGCAGUGCUGGAGCAGCAGGAUCAUGAGAUCAAGGAGAAGGAGAAAAGCAUUAAGUUACUGGCCAGCUCCAAAGCUCAGCUGGAAGAGAAGCUGUGCCGGGAAAACACCAAAGAGGCCAAGCAGCACGAUGCUGCGGUGAACACUGACCUCUCGCAGGUAACUGGCGCCAAGCAAGCCCAUGAUAAAGGCAUCAACGUAAAUAUCCCGGUCUCCACCAAAUCCAUAGGAUGCAGCGUCCGCAGAGCAGACAACAUGAACGCGCAGGCGAUGGAGCCGGGCGCUCAGAGAGAUCAGGGCCUGGCAGACGCUUGCGCUGGUGCCGGUGGAGAGGGACCAGGACAUUUUGGUGAAGCCGACAUCGAGGCCGGCCUUCGUGCACCGUGCUUCACCCAACUGAAGAUUGAUGAGCACCUCAGCGAUGACAAUCAAAACCACAGGAAUAACUACGAUACCCAGGGUCUCGCUGCUCAGGCGGUGACUGCAGAAAGCUAUCGAGGAGCAAGAAUUGGCUCAAACACAGGAGAAAACAGGGCAGGCUUUGGCGAAGAUAAACCUCGAGAUGGGCUGGAAGAGGAAGGUCCCCCUGAGCACGAGGAUCUCCCUGCUGUUGACCCCAUCGGUCAAUACGUAAAAAAAAUCCAGGAGCUUUUGCAGGAGCAGUGGCUGUGUUUGGAGCACGGCUACCCCGAGUUAGCGAGCGCUAUUAAACAGCCGGCCUCCAAGCUCAGCUCCAUUCAGAACCAAUUAGUUAAUUCCUUAAACUCGUUGCUGUCUGCCUACUCUACGCAAGGGCCCGCGGAUAAGGAGAAUUCGAACACGUGCUAUCAACAGUUGGAAAUCUCUCCAACCACAAGUCUUAAAUCUAUCAUGAAAAAGAAAGGUUAUGGUUUCCAUGCAGGAGGCAAUGGGACCAAAAAGAAUCUUCAGUUUGUUGGGGUAAAUGGUGGCUACGAAACGACUUCAAGCGAAGACACAAGUUGCGAAGACAGCCCAUCGGACGGGGACGGGGACGCGGAGAGCGAGAUGGAGAGAAGAGCCGAUGAUUUGGAGCCCGCACAGGUGAAAGCUGGAGGUGAGAGCGAGGGGGCUUCAUCGGGGACCUCCUCGCAGGAGAGACGUGAGGACGAUGACCUGCAGGAGCCAUCGGCAGAAGCAGGACCUUGCACUCAGCACAAGGCUGACAGAUGCAAACCGUCUGAAGAUUUCCUCGCCGACUGCCAGCUACUCAGCAAGCACCUCUCAGAAAUCAGGACCACAAGCGACAAGCAUCUGCGGCACGUCCUGAGCACCGUCUGCCAGGAGUGGUUCCAGGUGUCGAGCCGCCAGUCUUCCAGCCCGGAGGCGGUCGCAGAGUAUCUCAAGGCUCUGGGGGCCAUCCAGCCCCAGCUCCUGGCAAUGGUGGUGAACCUGGCCGACAGGAACGGCAACACGGCUCUUCACUACAGCAUUUCCCACUCCAAUUUCCCAAUUGCAAAGCUCCUGCUAGACACAG